AUGCCUGCUGGACCUAGUGAGACGCACUCUCUCAUCUUCGAAUGGCCCCUCACUGGACUCAGGCAGCUCUUCGAUAGUAGUAGGGCAGAUGUCAAGUCCAAGGUGGUCAAAUCGGUCACCUUUGGAGGAGGAAGGUGGGCUGUACUCUUUUACGCUCAGAGCGGACUUGAUCAGUUCUGCUCCCUCUACCUCAAUGCUGAGCCUCUCGAAGAAGAAAGGAGGCUACCCGCUGGUUUGAUGCAGAAUAAGCUCUCGGAGCAGGAAUGGGUACGAGAAGGCUUGUACAGCUUCACGUUCACUCUACAGACACUCGACAAGACCAUGACCAUCGGUACCAAGGAGGCCCACUCCCAUGCCUAUUCUUCCACGACGUCCAAUUGGGGAUGGGCACAAUUUGCCAAGCGUGACGCCACCUUCUAUGCCAAUGCAAGAGUCAAGGAGGCCGACGGCUUCCUCAUCACCGUCAGCGUUCACCCCGAAUCAGAGAAGCCCCGCACUGAAAGGCCGGAGGCUAUCACUGUUCCUUCAACGCUGAUUAAGUCGGUGGGAUCUCUCCUCGAUGAUCCAGAUCUUAGUGACGUCGUCUUCCUCAUCAAGCCGUCCGUCUCCCAGCGUCCUCCCGGUCGACCCAAGAUGCCCACUCGCAAGAUCUAUGCUAUGAAGAAAGUCCUCGCCGCGCGAUCGAAAUACUUCCGGGACAUGUUUGAAAGCGGCUUCCAAGAAGGCGAGGCUGAUGACGAUUCAGACGCAGCAGACGAUGCCUCUUUUCGCCCUGUCCAGACGCCUGCUUCUCCCAGCAAUGGGAUGGCUGCGUCUUCCUCUGCUAGCGCUUCAGUCUAUGACCGCAACGCCAACUCUGGCCCAGCCUUCGCCGGUAACGAUCGUCGACAAACCGGUGGGGUCGGGGGAAUGGCCGGUCUAGAUGACGAUGACUACUGUGGCCAUGAGCCUUUGCUGGACGAUUCAGACGCUGAGCUAGACAUGCCCUUUAUCACACGGCACUCAAAGCGCCAGCUUCAUCCGAUCGAGAUAUUGUCAGACGACGAAGAGGACCAAGUCCUGAGGGUAAGCGCCCUUGCAGCUGAGCGAGCGCCCAGAGAACAGGACAAUACAAAUAGCGCUGGAGACGCUGGCCAGACGACGGUCGGCGAGGUGAGGCAGAGCGUCUCGGACAUCUCUCUUGAGGGCUCGCCCGGUAGCCCUGCAGACGCUACCCCCUCUCCCUCUAAGCGCGGAAAGCGCGAGCGAUCAAGGACCGCCAAUCACGAGGCGACGGAGGCCGGUCAGUCGAGCUCUUCCCUCCGCUCUGAUAAGAGGAAGCGACGCAAAGUUGUGGUGAGGGACAGCUCCUACACCACUUUCAAGGCAUUGCUCUUCUACCUCUAUACCGAUACGGUUGAAUUUGCUCCUCUCACAUCGAGCUUCAUCGAGCUAGGCGAGUCAGACCGCGAUCCGGUCAGAGGACCACUAUCCGAUCGAGUCUCUCCUGCACAUUUUUGCGAAGACAUGCUCAAGGCGCACCAGAGACGCCAAGCAAUCAUCGACAUGCUCCACCAGAAGCAUCCUGAUCGACCCACUGCCUGCUCGGCCAAGUCGAUGUAUCGUCUGGCAGACAAGCUCAACCUUACCGACCUAAAGUCGCGUGCUCACCAGCACAUUGCAACUCACCUGGACUCGAUGAACAUUGUCUGGGAGGCCUUUUCCUCCUUUACCUGUCGCUACCCGGACAUUCUCAAGAUCGAAGUCGACUAUCUCCUUCGAAAUUGGAAGACGAUCAGGAAAGGGUCGCCGUUGAAGUCCGUCUUUGCUAGAGGGCAUGCACACCCGGGAUUGGGAGAAGUAUGGCCUGUCUUGCUCAAGCAGCUCACAUGGGCCCAUCCCCCUGAGGUUGAGUCCGAGGAUGAAGAUUCUGGAGCCCCACCAGCCUGA